AUGCUACCUCCAAUUAACGAUUCCAUCCUGCAAUCAAACCCCCAAUUCGCAGCCCUACAUACGCAACUCACAACCAACAUUUUCAAUCCCAACGGCUCGACAAAGCACCACCCAGCGCAGAAAGAACGCGAUGCCGUCUCCUCACACGAAUGCAAGGCCCUUAAAACAUCCCAAACCCGCGCCUUAAAGACAUCAAUCAUCACCACCGCUCUCCAGAAUCUCGACAUCUCCCCUACCACCACUACCCCAGCUCCCUUGAAUCCAAAACUCACGAAACGUCCUCCCGCCCCGCCAUCCCAACUCCCCACCGAGCUCCUGGAGCUAAUCCUCCUCCUCAGCUCCCGCCUCGCAAGCUCCAGUCCUCAAGCACAAACACAAGCACAAACCGCCCUCCUAGAAUCAACCACCAUCUGGCAAUCGCUCCCCGUGCACCUCCCCCGCCUCGCCGCCCUGCUCUCCACUUACCUACACACCCAGUCCAUCGCACUAUCCCGGAUCCUCUCACCCUCCACGAACGCCUCGUUCCUACACCGCAUCAUCCCAUCCCUUGUCCCCAGCAUCCUCGCCCUACAAACCACCAUCGUAUCCAAGAAAGCCCUCCUCCACACCUCCCGCGUCCGCAUAGUAACCUCCACGCUCCAGCUACUGCGCGCCUACGAGCGCGCGACCGCUCUCACGGUGCAGGUGCUGGAAACCUGUAAACACGGCGCGUUGAGCCUGGAACGGCACUACGGGGUGCGGAUGGGCUAUUUAGCGGGCUUGGGGGAGAAGGUCAGAUUGGAGGCGCUGGAGAAGAGGGGGAGGGGCGAGAGGGCCGUUUAUAGUGAUGCG